CCUGCGCCAGAAGCAUGAGAACUGCCAUGAAUUCGGGUUGACCAAGCAUUGCGAAGAGCGAAGGCAGGCCCACUAACAAAAAGGCCCCCAAAAAUCUCCGCAAAUGAGCAGGAACGGGGGAGGCCGCCGGUGCCGACGCCGACGCUGAUGAGGAUGAUUAUUGCCAACCUUGGAAGUGAGCACUAUGGUAUGUGGUGACAGUCUCACCGCAACGGGAAGAAAUGGACGGGACAGUCUUGCCCGAGAGAGAGAGAUGAUGUCUCUGACGUCUCUCUCCUCCGAGUUUCCCCAUAUUCAACUCCAGGACAGGACAGCGGAAACGUGGCACAGGCGCGCGAUCAUGACCGAAUCGCAUCGACCGCGGUUACAUCUCGUUCCGGCUGCGUCCAUGAAUGCGGAGAAGAUCCAACCGACAACUGCAUCCAGCUGUCUGCGGUCUGCAGUAGACUUUGCCUGCUUGUACUUGAUCGUUCUCGUUUCCAUUGGUGUAGUUGUUGGUGUUGGUGUUGAUUCUGUACCGCCUAUAGGGAGCGUCGUCACACAGUCAUGGUUGAUGAUACCGACUCUCUACCUCAAACUAAACAACGCAAGCAUGAUUAUCCGAGUGUACCAGGUAUCCGAUGAUGGAAAUUUCCUAAACCAUUGGCAAUGUUUCACGUAAAGUCGACGGAGUGCGCCACCACCUUACACGUGCGAGCAGCCUCUCUCUCGUCUCCUCCUCAAAUUCGGCACGCGGCUGAAGAAAAAAGCCACAUUCGAAUCUCGGCAGGAGGUGGCGCCAUUGCCGUCGCCGAAAAAGAAAGUUGCAGAGCAA